AUGGCCCAGCAGUUUAAGAAAGCUGCCAGCUGCUCCAUCUGCCUCAGGUACUUUGAGGACCCGGUGAAGCUUCGGUGCAGCUUUACCUGCUGCCGCCGCUGCCUGCCCGCCCUGCCCACGGCGCCGGACGGGGAGGGGCUGCUGUGCAGCAACUGCUCCAGGGUCUCUCGGAAGGAGGACAUCAAGCCCCACCGGGUGCUGUGCAGCCUGGCAUCCAAGAUCAAGGAAAUGGAGCCCCAGCUGACAUCCCUCCUGCAGAUGGACCCCCGGAUCCGAAAGUUCCAGGUGGACGUGACCUUGGACCUGGACACCGCCCACGACUACCUGGUCAUCUCGGAGGACCUGCGGCGGGUCCGCAUCGGGGGUGACUCCCAGGAGCGCCCCGCCCACCCGGGGAGGUUCAGCGACUCCCCCUGCGUCCUGGGCGCCCCCCGCUUCACCUCGGGCCGCCACUACUGGGAGGUGGACGUGGCGGGCAGCCGCACGUGGAGCGUGGGCCUGUGCCGCGAGGCGGCCUCCCGGCAGGGCGACGUGGUCCUGUCCGACGAGCGGGGCUUCUGGACCGUGAUCUGCAGCGGCGGCAGGUUCGUGGCGGGCACCCAGCACCCGCGGGGGCUCCUGGUGCAGCCGCGCCUGCGCCGCCUGGGCCUCUUCCUGGACGUGGACGUGGGGACCCUGUCCUUCUACCACGUGGCCGACGGGUCCCAUGUGUUCACGUUCCCCGGCGUCCCCGCCGCCGAGCCGCUGCGCCCCUUCCUGGGGCCGGCGGGUUCCUCGGAGGACGGGGAGAGCUGGCUGGCCAUCUGCCCCUGCGCCCCCGUCCCCGCGGGGCUGGGGUCCCUGGGCCGGGGUCCUGGGUUGGAGUCAGGGGAUGAGGAAGCCCUGAGCUCGGGGUCCCGGGCCCCGGGGCCCGGGUUGGAGUCGGGGGGCGGGGAGGGGGACAGGGAAGCCCUGAGCUCGGGGUCCCGGACCCGGGCCCCCUGCGCGCGCGCGCCCCUGUGGCCCCGCGCGCGCCCCGUGGCGGCAGCAGAAGGAGGAGCCCCCGCGCGCCCCCCGGAGUGA